GCAGAUUUCAAUUCCGUUUGGUUGCCUGGACUGUCAAGUUCAAGAGGACGAGUCCGGCAUCGUCAGUUAGGCCAUCAUGAUACCAUCGAUGAAGAAGUCUAAAAAUGCUUUGAAGGCAGCAGUUUUGAACUCGGCAUCAUCGGUCAGACUAGGUUGCUGCCUUCGCACCUUCAUGCCGUAUAUCUGUUGCACUAUAUCAAACUUACUUUAAGGAUGCCGCCGGCAAAUCUGAGCUGAGUGUAUGUAGCACACUGUGACAGCCCCGAGGCUUCCCUGCCGCCAAGAACACCUCGGUCUUGACCACUGGUCGCGAAAGGCCGUGUAUUCUGCCCGACAAGCGACCGAGUUACCCUCAAAGCAAUGUCGCACACCCUCUACGCCACCGCUGCCAUUGUAUCCUUUACAAUCGUGGUUUUGCUUUCAGCGCAGUUCUCUUCCCGAGCCGACCCCCCCAGCCGGCCGGCAGAGACCAUGCCGGUCGAAGCAGCGUCGUCAGCAUUGGACGCCGGACAUAGCCAAAGACGCUGUCGAUGCGCGGAAAGACGAGCAGAAUACUAUUUACGCAAAGGACUGAGGCGCGAAGAACGUCUUGUCGCCGCGUUCAACGACGCAGGGCGGCUUCUCCUCGACCGCCGCACGGCAUUCGGCGUCAGUCACUGGACCACAGUAUACGGGUACCCAAGCACUGGUGGAUGUUAUACACUGAAGUGCGACGGCGUGGAACUCGACUUCCUGGGCCUGAGCCGCUUUGAGCCUACGUUUAGGUCAGGGGAUCCGGAGGAGGAGGAUGCGCACUGCGCAAGGAUGGUGAAGCUUGGACCAAACUGGUGGAAGAGCUUGACGCAUUAUCUAGUCAACCAGUCAUUUGGAAAUGCCACGUGGGAAGAUGCUGUUGUCAUUGCUGGUUAUCCAGUCUCGGGUGGUCUCUGGCUGUUGAAGACUACCAGGGCAGAGGCAGCCAACGCCGGAGCUGCAAGAAUCCACAAUGCGAGGAGCAUGGAGGAACGGUGCCUGCUGAUCGAAACUUGUGACGGGAGGUUUUACAAAGAAAGUAAAAAGAUUCCAGAGCUCGUCGUUAUGACACUAGGCGUGCACUAGAUGUAGGGGCAUACGGUCAAUGGAAGACACGGAAUUCAGCGGCAUGGCAGUAUCAACUGUGAUGAGCGAAGUUGACAUGGUGUUAAUCUGAGUUCUUUUGCCUGUUUUGAGAAAUUGAGUUCUGGGGUUGAGACGCAUGCCGGCUUGUCGACUGGCAGAUAUCCCCCGAUGGUAUGACCGUGACCUGGAGAGAUCAUCUCCUCUGGAUUAGCCACUGCUGGAUAUACCACUAAAGUGUGAAAAGGCACAUUGGUGAAGUAUUUCUCUC